AGGACAGGUCAUGCGAUGAGGGCUGAUAUUAAUUCCUCUCUCUGAGCCCUGAGUUGGGUGUUGGAAGUUUGUUGGCACACUGACCAGAUAGUUUUACGCAGGAAACGAAAAGCGAGCCCUCAGGAACAGGAAGUUGGAGUCGGUGAAACUCCUUUAAAUCGAGACUCGCUGCCGGUGCGGCGGCUCUCAACGUGGGCGACGGCGCUGAUAAAUGCAGCUGCUGGGUGGGAGCAGCCAGCUGACCCGGAGCCAUGGAGGGACACGAGUUCUGCCUAGUAGGAGGCGGAGGAGAGGCAGGACUUCACCGGCACCACUCUGCAGAUCAACAGCUCAUUCAGAGAGUGACACGCUUGUACCGAAUGGCUCAGUUUACAGUUGUGUUGCUGCUUCUGCUGCUUUCUGGAGCUCUGGCUUUGCUGAUCACGGUCGGGUUAGGAGGACGAUGUCACGUGUCACCGGACGGAGAGGUCAAAGUGUCACCUGACAGCCAUUCAGAAGAUGUUAACAUCGAACAAGGAACUGAAAGAUUUCAGUCCAACACAGACGUCCAGACUCCCAGUGCCAUGCUGACAGCUUAUAGAGGAAAUCAGAUUGUUGGGGAAUAUCUUCAGUGGGAGAUUGGGCACUGUGAAGGAGGCUUCCACUACUCCAAUGGAGACCUCGUGGUGCCCAAAGAUGGCUUCUACAGAGUGUUCCUGCAGAUCACCUACCAGAGUAAUGGGGAACAUUGUCCUAAAGCUGAGAUGAAGCUCAACAACAAGGUGCUUUGUUUCACGGAUAGUUACCCUACUGAUACGCCUCUCCUAACAUCAGACGACACUGUGAAAUGCAACAAAGAACUGUGGACUAAAUCCCUGUAUACGUCCGGCUUAUUUAAACUGGAGGCUAACGCCAGGCUGCGUGUGAACGCAACUUACCCAACAUUUAUUGCUAGGAAUAAUUAUGAGGUGUUCUUUGGUGCCGAACGUCUUCCUUAGUAAAAUGAGUGGACUGUCAGAAUCACCCAGAUGUAAUCUUGAGGUUGUGUGUUCUCCUCCAUGAAGGGAACAUACCAGUGUAGUUUAUUGGCUUUCUUUUACUAUUACCGCUCAUGAUGCAUUCACUGAUGAAUAUUUUAACGGCGAGAACCUGCUAGAGAAGCUAAUAGUAUCUGCUUGACAACAGGGUUACUUUGCUCAUUUAGCUUAAGCGCUGUAUUGUUUUUAACUUAAUAACAGCUCACAUAAACAUGCUGCUCCAUUAAUAGGGAUUUUAAAAUAAUAAUAACUUAUUUAUACAGCAGCCUUAAGAACAGUGUUCACAAAGUGCUUUGACAUGCAACACAGACAAACAAGAUAGAGGAGAAGAGUCAGAGCAGUCAAUUAAAAUGAAUCGUAAAAUUGACGAUAAAUUAAAUGGAUAAUUAGCUAGAUUAGCAAUCAUAACAAACAAAGGAACUAGGCAGGUUAAAUAUAAUAUAUUUACAAUGCACUAUUCUACACAGUGUUUAUAUUUUUUAACAGCAUUUUAAACUUGUAACUUCACAGCUCUUUAAAUAUAUGCUACCUUUUUAUUUUAUAUCUUCGGAUAUUUUAUAUCUUUGUCAUGAUACUCAGUACAAAGACAGUUAGUUCAGUUAGCUAUUAAAGGCAUGACGUUGUUUUGAAUAUCACCAAAAUAACACCAUUUGUCAUUGCAAGAAACUGUAAUAACGGAAAGAAUUAGCAAAUUUCCACCUUCUGGUGUUCUUUGAACUCACUGUGUGCCUUUCAUUUUUUUGUUGUGAAAAAAACGACAAAUUCUAAGCUAAAAUCAUCAUACUUCAUCCAAAUCCCUAUACUCUAACCACAUUCUGUAAAAAAACAAAGAUAUUCUGUGGUCCUUGUCACAUGAUUGACUCAGCUACAACUAGAGACACAGGACAAAAAUAAACAUUUUAUGCUGACCUUUUUUGUGAUUUAUUUGCAUUAUAAUGUAUGAUACUGCAGAAAAGACAUUUCUGAGUUGUCUCUACUUCUAGCAAUAGUUGUGCUGUUCCCACAGUAAGGAAAAAAAAUCUAAAGUGAAUAAAAAUGUGACAGAAGCAUAGAAGGUCAUGAAGUUCAGAGGGCAAAUCAUGAGACUACAGACUGACGAAACAAUAGGCUAACAUCUAAAUCACAAUAUUCUGUUUUUUUUUGUGACAACGCUAAAGAACAAAUUUAAAUGCAGUCUUUGAAACUUGUUGCUUUUGGUCUGUCUCCAUCUCCAUGUUGGUGUGUGCCUCAUGAUGUCUAUUUGGAUUCUGUUUAAGUUUUUCCAUGUUUUUUGUUCCUGUGAAAGUUUUGUCUUUCUUUCACUCAAAUGGAACAUGAGUCAACCAACUGUGUCGUUUACAACACAGCUAGCUAUAUAUAGCUAGCUGGGAACAGAGAAAACAGCCUGAAAAAAAGUGUCCAGCGCUGACUACUCUGGAGUCUGAAUGACAAGCCUGUGGUAAUAUUUAAAGAACAGCAGCUGAGGUCAGAUUGACUCAAUGAAAAGCAGCUUGAAGAUGAUUGACCACAAAAAAAUGAAGGAUUUUGUGAAUGAAAGGAACUUUGAUGGAGUUGGAAAGCAGAAGUAAGAGGAAGGAUUAUAAUAGUGUCGUUCAUUAUAUUAACAACGAUAAGCAACCCUUGUGGCAUGCUAACCACUACUAAUGCUGCAGCAGUCAGUAUUUUGUAUGUGACGUAGAACGUGUUGCCAUAGCUAGGCAGAUCAGCCCGACUCACACAGACCUGCUUUCGUGACCUCACCUUUAUGAUCUAUGUCUAAACUUAUUGGAGUUUCAUCAAGUAAAUAUGCUCAAAUAUGCAGAAUGAUUUGCUUAUUUCCUUUUAUAAGCUUGCUUUGGAUUUUAUAGCCCCAUCAUAAUUGCACUUUGAAGAAAUGUUGCAACAUGUUACAAGUCUUGUUCAUAAUCACAUUUAUAGCAGCAGUGUUUGCAGCGUGCAGUUUCCUGAUGGUUUAACACGUCUCCGUGUUGUGUGCUGGCAGAUGCACCUGUUAUGCUGAAUGUUCUGCAAAUGUAGAACUAACAAAUGUAAUGAGGGGAACACUUUGCUGGUUGCUCUGUCUGAAAGCUCUACUGUAGAUCUGGUGAAGGAGUAUAGGGGAUCAUUGUACCACUGUUGUAUUUAUGCAUGGGUGAAUUUGAACCAUUUUCUUUUUUUACGACGAUGUUCAGUGUAAACUGCUGAAAAUAUAUAUUCAGCAGUUCAGCAGUGCAUUCAGCACCCGGAUAGAGAUGAUAGAUAUAUAUACAUGUAUGAGGGUUGUCUCUUUUUUUUUCAUGCUUGGUGAUGUCAUAUAAGUAUGCUGAUAUAGAUUUAUUUAACAAGAUUAAAGAUGCCUUUUGUUAUUUAAUUAUUUGCUUGUGGGACACCCUGUAGUCCGAAGUUGGUGCUAUGUGAAUUCACUUUUCCUACUUUGAAAGAAAUUAACAUUGUGUGUGUGUGUGUGUGUGUGUGUGUGUGUGUGUGUGUGUGUGUGUGUGUGUGUGUGUGUGUGUGUGUGUGUGUGUGUGUGUGUGCCUGUGUGUGAGAAUAAAACUGAAAUAAAACUUUGUAUGAAACCUUC